UGCCAAUAUUAAUUUACUUAAGUUUUGAAAUAAUAUGUUAACUAAGUUGUCCUACAGUUCCACGCUGCUUUAUUUUUAGACAUAUAAAAGAUCCGUUAAGAUCCGAAACCCGUAUUUGGAAAAUUUCAAGAUCCGGAUCCGACGGGUCUUUUCAAAGAUCCGGAUCCGUGAGUCGGGUCAGUUCCGUAUAAGCCUUGUUCUAUGAGCCCGUCUUUAUCUAUGGAUUGAAGUGCUGACAGAAUAAUUUUUGUCCUUCGUGCGGGUUAUGGGCCGCUAGAAACAAAUGCAAAAUGAUUUCAAUUCGUAAUAUUUUUUUAUAUUUUUCAGCAUGGCAGCAUUAUCCAUGAUUGCUUGGUAUUCGUGGCCCUUUCGCACAAUAAAAUUGAUUUGCUUUGCUGUUCAAAGUCUAGUAACCAAAUGCCGCUUAACUUAUCUUACAUUAACAUACAACCACUUCCUAGAUGCUAGCUAUAUGGCUGACGUUUGCAUGGGUCCAAUGUUUUGGUUGGUUGAUAAUUUUACAAACACUAUAGGUGUUUUACUUGUAGCAGGUGUUAUUGGUCUUACCGCUUCUACAGUCUUAAUAGCUUAUUGGAUUGGUAUUCCACACUGGUGGAAUAAGAGUCCGUAUAUUUGUGUAUGUUUAGUAAUUGUUGGACAUUGGAUUCUCUUAAAUAUUAUUUUCAACUAUUACAUGGCUUGUACAGUAUUACCCGGAUAUCCACCUGAGGGUGAACUGAUUGCAGAAGCAGUCAGUAUUUGUAAAAAAUGUAUAGCGCCUAAACCGCCUCGAACACAUCAUUGUUCAGUAUGCAAUAGAUGCAUUUUAAAAAUGGACCAUCAUUGCCCCUGGCUCAACAAUUGUGUGGGUCAUAAAAACCAUCGAUAUUUCUAUCUAUAUAUGGUGUUCAUGGUACUCGGAGUAUUUUUUCUAAUAUUAUGUGGUUGGGAAAUAGCUUAUCCUAUAAUAUUUCUGGGUAUUAAUGCGAAUAACGAUGAACCAGAACUAGAGGGACACUCAGUACAAAUUAAUAAAAGCGGAGCUUUUAUUCCUGUUACCGAUACGAUAAUGUUGAAUGCCUCAUUCUUAACUGAAGCUGCAGUAGAAUCUACGACUCAAUUCAGAAGAAAGUGUAUAAUGUAUAUGACUUUUUUAAACGUUGGGGUGUGUGUUGCUUUGGGUUAUUUGUCAGCAAUGCAUGGACAAAUGAUAACACACAAUGAAACCAGUAUUGAAACGCAUAUAAACAAAACUGAAAGUUUGAGACUGAAAUGUUUAGGAACGCAAUACGUUAACCCGUAUGAUUUGGGACCAAGAAAUAACUGGAAACAAUUUUUUAAUUUCAAUCGUAACAGCAAACAUUGGACUCAACUUUUACUUCCGUCAAUAUAUCAUCCUUUCGGGGAUGGCCUUUCAUGGCCAACAAUCGAUACCGAAGAAAUCUAUGACAAAGAAUUUGAUUGCCAGCAGGAAGAGCAAUCAAAAUUCUAUACUUUCGAAAAAUGUACACCGCUAUAUGCGUUGCAAAUGGGUGACUACAGUCAGUUAGUUUGAAAAUCAAGGAAUGUAUGGAAUUAUUUGAAUAUAAUAUACUGUCAUUAUUAGGAGA